UCGUACCCGCGCACCCUCUACGUAGGUAACCUCUCUAGAGAUGUGACUGAAGCCCUUAUACUUCAACUUUUUAGUCAGAUUGGCCCGUGCAAAAGUUGUAAAAUGAUUACCGAGAUUGCAGACGGGGAAAGAUCAGUGUCACAGCAAUUGCAGCAGAUCUCUGCAAAAGUUAAACCCUCACAAUAUUUGCUAUUCUUUGCCGCACAAAACAUUGGCCGUGGAAGUUAGCCAACAGCAAACCGCAGGCAGAAGGGUGAACUCUUCUGUUGGAUUUUCUGUUUUGCAGCAUUCAAGCAAUGAUCCGUAUUGCUUUGUGGAAUUCUAUGAGCAUAGGGAUGCAGCAGCUGCAUUGGCUGCAAUGAAUGGCCGUAAAAUAAUGGGUAAGGAAGUCAAAGUAAACUGGGCAACAACACCAAGUAGCCAGAAGAAAGAUACAACUAAUCAUUUUCAUGUGUUUGUUGGUGACUUAAGCCCGGAAAUAACUACAGAGGAUCUAAAAUCUGCAUUCGCACCCUUUGGUAGAAUAUCGGAUGCUCGUGUUGUUAAAGACUUGGCAACAGGGAAAUCUAAAGGCUAUGGAUUUGUGUCUUUCUACAGUAAACUGGAUGCAGAAAAUGCAAUUGUGCACAUGGGUGGUCAGUGGCUGGGAGGCCGGCAAAUUCGAACAAACUGGGCAACGCGGAAACCGCCAGCUCCAAAGAGUGCCCCAGAGAGUAGUUCUAAACAUCUAAAAUUUGAAGAAGUAGUCAAUCAGUCUAGUUCCACAAAUUGUACCGUCUACUGUGGAGGUAUUGCUUCAGGCCUAACGGAACAGCUUAUGCGUCAAACUUUCUCACCAUUUGGGCAAAUCAUGGAAAUUCGUGUUUUCCCAGAAAAGGGGUACUCAUUCGUUAGGUUUGCAACCCAUGAUAGUGCUGCUCAUGCUAUAGUGUCAGUUAAUGGAACCACUAUCGAAGGCCAUAUUGUUAAAUGCUAUUGGGGUAAAGAAACUACUGAUUCGGCCAACAAGUAUCAACAGAUGGAAUUUGCUCAGCCCUGGGGUCAGUGGGGCCAGUGGUAUGGCAAUGCUCAACAGUAUGGUCAGUAUGUAGCCAAUGGUUGGCAGGUGCCCUCUUAUGGCAUGUAUGGCCAAGCGUGGAAUCAGCAAGGAUUUGGAGUAGAUCAACCUCAAUCUGCAGCUGCCUGGGUGGGUGGAUUUAGUGCUCAGCCUGCCCAAGGUCAGGGUACAGCUGUUAUACCUAACCAAGCUGGCUUUGGGAUGGCAGGUUACCAGACGCAAUGAGCAGGGACUCGUUCUGUUUACGUACAAAUGAGGAGCCCAGAUUUUUCUAUUGACAAAACAUCAACAUGUUCACUGACACCAUGAAUAAAGUAUAGACUAUUUAUUUUAAAGCUGAAUAUUUUAAAAGUUCUAUCACAGCUGAGCUCAUGGUGGAGGAUGUGAAUGUUUCCCUGUUCUGCUCUUUUUUUUUUGUUGGGGACAGGGAGGGGUUGUGGGGGAAACAUAUAAUCUGUUAACUUGUUUUCGAAGUGUGAAGUAAUCGAGAAUGAUGAAUUUAUUUUGGAAAAUGAAGUGCUAUUGUGUAUGAAUUUAAAUAAAUACAGUGUUAGUGGGAAAAUGUCAACCAGACUUUUGACAAUCUUUUCUUUUAGCUGAGCAUUCCACGAUAUUAAUUUCAUACUCUAUCAAUGUAAAGGGAGUUUUAAAGCCUUGUAUCAUGAAGCCAGGCUUAAUGUUCGAUAAACACAACUGAGUUUCACAUUGCGAUGGACCAACUGGCUGCUGUUUUCAGAAGUUCUAAUUCAUGGCCAUCCUGAAUUGCCAGCGCACUGGCAUAGAUUGAGAUGCAUCAAAUUUAAUUUGUACUUGGACUUUAAUUUUUUUCCUUUUGCUUCACCAUCGUAUGGAUUGAACUAGAAGUCCAAUGAAGGCAACAGUUUCUUUGUUUUAAAAAGUGGGUUGCAUAACACUCUAAAAUCAGGAAACUGAGAAGGGAACAUUGGCUACAUUUGGACUGCUGAAGUCCCUUGUACUGACUGUUUUGGCUAUAUUAGAUGAGCUCUACAUAACUUGCAUACACAUGGGCAAGGGGAUUAGGGUGAAGUUUACAAGUGUAAAUAUCUAUAGAUAACAUUUAAUACACCAGUAUGAUUUAUUAAAGCAUGCUCUAGUGUAAAGGUAUCACACUUCCUACUUUGUGUCAGCGGUUGAGAUUUUUUUAAAAGCUAUUCAAUUGUACAGUACUGAAGUAGCAGGUUGCCCAGAAUGUGCAAUGUAUGGCUGUGUUUCACAAGAGUAUGUUAAUAUAUCUUUCCUACUGCAGUUAUGUGGUAUGUAAAAUUAUACAAAGUAAAUUUCAAACUGAAGCCUUAAAUUUUAUUUCUUCAAGCUGCUUUGGGCAUAGUGUCAUUAAGAAUAGUUGGUGCUCUUUGCUUUUCUACCUAAUUCUAUUGCUGUGCUUAAUAUCAUGCAGAUUUAUUGAACCAUAUAAAAUUUAAUGCAAGGUUGAAUAGUUACAUGAUUUCUUCAGGCCACCAACAAAUGGAGUGUUUUUAAGUCUAAAAUUAAAAAUGUAAAAUACAACAAUCAUGUCAGAACCAACUGUUUCAUUUUAACAGUAACGUGUGCCAUUUGUUAAUUGGAGGUGCAGUUCAAAACUCUGUACCAUUUAUGAAACUUCACUUUAAAGAUAUAUUUGAGUGGUUUGCAUGUUGUUGCGAUUCACAUUUGUAAAAAAAAAAUAAAUGCUUGCUCAUUGAGUGUGGAAUGGGUGGAUUAUGAAGACGUUGAAAGCUAAUUGACAUUAGUUGUUUCUGGAUUAUUUCUUCUGUAUCUAAAGAAAUAAAAUGAUUUUAAAAAUAAA